UCAAAUUUUUCCACCCUUAGCUCACACAACAUCAAGCCAACGACGAGCAUAGACCGAAGAUGUUGCGCCGUCGCGUCGGAAGCACAGCGCUGGCCGCGGCGCGCUAUUUCUCGGCGGAAUCGGUGGCGAAGCCUGCGUUGAAGGACGGCGCCGUGAGCCGCUCCGCCCCGAAUGCCGGCGGCGGAGACACGCUGGGUAAACGGCUUCUGAGCCUCGUUUACUCGAAACGCAGCGCUGUCAUCGCUAUACGCAAGUGGAAAGAGGAAGGGCACAAAGUUCAAAAGUACCAGCUCAAUCGUGUCGUAAGAGAGCUACGAAAACUCAAGCGCUACAAACACGCUCUCGAGAUAUGUGAAUGGAUGAAUAUAGAAGAUGAUAUCAAGUUGCUAUCAGGAGAUUAUGCAGUGCAUUUGGACUUGAUUGCGAAAGUUCGUGGCCUAAGCAGUGCAGAAAAGUAUUUUGAAGAUCUCCCUGAUCGUUUGAAAGGCCAGCCUACUUGUACUGCACUUCUUCACACUUAUGUCCAGCACAAGGAAUCUUCUAAAGCCAAGGCUCUUAUGGAUAAAAUGUCAGAAUGUGGGUUCUUGAAGAAUCCCCUUCCUUAUAACCAUUUGUUGUCCCUUUAUAUCUCCAAUGGGCAAUUAGAAGAGGUUCCAGGAGUGAUUCUGGAGCUGAAGAAGAACGUUUCACCUGAUGUGUUCACUUACAAUUUGUGGCUAACUGCUUGUGCCUCACAGAGUGAUGUCGAAACUGCAGAAAAGGUCUUCCUCGAGCUAAAGAAGGCGAAAAUAGAACCAGAUUGGGUGACGUAUAGCACAUUAACCGGCUUAUACAUUAAAAAUUCACUGCUUGAAAAGGCAGCUUUUACUGUGAAGGAAAUGGAGAAGAGGGUCUCUCGAAAAGUUCGAGGUGCUUACUCCUCCCUCAUUACUUUGCAUUCAAACAUGGGAAAUAAGGAUGAGGUUAGGCGGAUAUGGAAAAAGAUGAAGUCACAUUUUCAAAAAAUGAAUGACGCAGAGUAUAAUUCCAUGAUAUCAUCCCUCUUAAAACUUAAGGAGUUUGAAGAAGCAGAGACUCUCUAUAGUGAGUGGGAAUCUGUUUCUCCCACGGGUGACUCUAGGAUUCCAAAUCUACUCCUUGCAACUUACAUCAACAAAAACCGGAUGGAAACCGCGGAAAACUUUUUCGAUCGGAUGGUUCAAAGAGGCAUCAAACCCGGUUACACCACAUGGGAGCUUCUUACAUGGGGUUAUUUGAAACAAAAGCAGCUGGACAAAAUUUUGGAUUGUUUCAAGAAAGCUGUUGGUAGUGUGAAGAAAUGGGAUCCUGAUGAAAAGAUUAUUCGAGAAGUGUUUAGGAUCCUAGAAGAGCAAGGGCAUGUCGAGGGUGCAGAGCAGUUGUUGGUUAGUCUUCGAAAAGCUGGCCAUGUGAAUACAGAAGUCUAUAAUUUGCUUCUCCGUACUUAUGCCAAAGCUGGUAAAAUGCCACUUAUAGUUUCCGAGCGCAUGAAGAAGGAUAAAGUUCCGUUGGAUGAUGAAACUCAUAAUCUUAUUAAAUUGACAAGUAAAAUGCGUGUGAGUGAAGUUUCAAGCUGUCUUUCUUGAACAGAACACUUGAUUGUAUUGGACUCCACAAUCUAUGUCUGUUCUUAAGUCGAGUUGGAUUCUGUGUUUGAUCUUAUUUUGACUUCAUAGCAAGAACUGCUUGAUUUGUUUUCUGCAUCUUACGUGUAUACUGAGGUGGUAGCAUGCGCAAAAAUAUAACGAAGAAAAAACCCAUUCUUUGAAA